AAAUGGCCUAGUAACAUGUACAAAAUCAUUAACGGUGAUUUUACCAAGGGUAACCAUCAAACUCCAGAGGGGCAUGACGUGGGUUAAUAGUGAAGAGGUCACGUUGCCAGUUAACAGCUACCCGGGCGUCGACAUCAGUGAACACGAAGAUCAAACAUUGGUCACAAGUGAUUAUGGUGUGAAAGUAUUUUGGAACAAUGUCUACAACGUACGAGUGGUUGUUGGAGGUCGAUACUUAAACAGAACAUCAGGUUUAUGUGGUUAUUAUAGCGAAAUGAAAUAUGAUGAUUUCUGGACGUCUUAUGGAACAAUCGCAACUGAUCCAGUAGAGUUUGGAAAUUCUUGGAAAGGCGAUCCUACAUGUGAAAAUGCAACUACAGUGGACCACCCAUGUGACGCCAAUUUAGAGAGAAGAUUGAUAGCACGAGAGAAUUGUUCAACAUUACUUAAACCACCCUUCAGUAAUUGUUCCAGUUAUAUCAAUGCAACUGAAGAAGGAUAUAUUGCAGAUUGUGAAUAUGAUAUGUGUGCUUGUGAAGAUGAUCCUGUUGUUUGUUAUUGUCAAGCUCUUGAAGCGUAUGCUGAUGAUUGUUCACCCCAUGUUGAUAUAAAAUGGAAGGAAUUAAAUGAAUCUGCAAUUUGUCGUACCCCAUGUGCAAGUGCACCAUGCUACAAUGGAGGAAGCUGUACAAAUCUUGGCUAUUCAGCUUUUGAAUGUAAAUGUCCUGUUGGAUAUCUGGGUGAAAGAUGUGAAAUUAAAGAUCGCUGCCAAAUACCAUACCUAUAUUUCUCAACAUCAGUUGGGACACGGAUGUAUAACAUAGAAAACACUUCAAAUAUCCCAACCAUCGUCGACGAUAGAGUAAACGCGUUGUUGUCUUUUGACGCCAUAAACAAACGGUUGUACCUUUAUAUUCAGUCUGAGGGAUUGACAAGUUUCUAUUUGGAUGGUUCCAAUUCUACUACAACGUUAGUCACGGGUGUAGAGUUUUUCACCGUGGAUGGCAGGAAUAAUUUGGUAUAUUACUACUAUACAAUUACAAAGAAAAUAAAAACAAUCAACAUGACAACUGGAGAAGAAGGUGACGUUGAUGACGCUUUAUCAUCUUUGACCAGCAUCAAGGAUCUUGAAAUGGACAUGACUAAUGGCUACCUCUACAUUGCAAGAGCAAAUGAUCCUCCAAUCGUGCGUUUUAAUCCAGCAGAUAAAUCAAUAUUGGAGUUCAAUUUUGAUGGCUCAGCGCAGUCAAUUUCUGUGGAUGAGUACAAUAACGUCAUUUACUGGGCAAACUAUGAUGGAAUCAAUCACAAUGUUAUGAAAACUAUGCUCAAUAAGCAAACGGUUGCUUUGAAUAUUUCAUAUCCAGACGUAAUUGAUUUGACUUCGGACAUGCUUCAUUUGCAUGUCUUGGACACCAGCAACAAGCGCAUUGACAAAUAUUUGAAAACAUCGCUUGAAAAGCAAGGAAAUAUGACUUAUGAAUAUACAAUUUAUGAUUUAGUGGUUGCAUAUGACUCAGAUGAAUGUUGCCUUGAUGCAGCUGCUGCCUGUCCCGCUAAAUUUUCAUGCAUUAACACACUUGGAAACUUUGUCUGUGUUUGCAGUGAAGGAUAUGUUAAAAAUGGCAGUGAUUGCGAAGCUACCCCAUGCUUAAGUAACCCAUGCCUAAAUGGAGGAAUUUGUACAGACGUUGGUGACUCAUUUGAAUGUGAAUGUCCUUCUGAAUAUCGUAGUGAUAGAUGCGAAAUCGAAGUGGAAGCAACGUGUGUAACUUUUGGAGAUCCUCAUUAUAAAACAUUCGAUGGAAAACGUUUUGACUUCAUGGGUAAAUGCGAAUAUGUUCUGGCUAAAGACAGAGUAAACAACACAUUUGAAAUAAGACAAGAAAAUGAACCUUGUGGAAAUGGACUGGUGACAUGUACGAAAUCAAUAACAGUCAUCUUCAGGGGUUUAAUAAUCAAACUUCAGAGAGGAGUGACUAAUGUGAAUGGUGGAGAUAUCAGCUCGUCGACAAACUACGGGGCUGUAAACAUUACAAUUCACAGCAAUGGUAGGACCGUCGUGACAAGUGAUUAUGGUGUAACUGUGUUUUGGAACAAUGUUUACAAUGUUCGAGUAAUAAUUGGAGGUCAUUACGUUAACAGAACAUCAGGUUUAUGUGGUUAUUAUAACGAAAUAAAAUAUGAUCAUUUCUGGACGUCUUACGGAACAAUCGUAACUGAUCCAGUAGAGUUUGGAAAUUCUUGGAAAGUCGACCCUACAUGUGAAAAUGCAACUACAGUGGACCACCCAUGUGACGCCAAUCCAGAGAGAAGAUUGAUAGCACGAGAGAAUUGUUCAGCAUUACUUAAACCACCCUUCAGUAAUUGUUCCAGUUAUAUCAAUGCAACUGAAGAAGGAUAUAUUUCAGAUUGUGAAUAUGAUAUGUGUGCUUGUGAAGAUGAUCCUGUUGUUUGUUAUUGUCAAGCUCUUGAAGCUUAUGCCGAUUAUUGCUCUUCCAAAGUCGAAAUAGAUUGGAUGAAUUUAGAUGAAUUCGCCAUUUGCGGUACCCCGUGUGCAAGCACGCCAUGUUAUAAUGGAGGAAGCUGUACAAACGUUGGUAAUUCAUUUGAGUGUAGAUGUCCUGCUGGAUUUCUUGGAGUUAGGUGUGAAAUGGAAGAUGUUAAUAAAUGCGAAUAUGUCUCGUGUGGUUUUAAUGCAAACUGUUCAAACGCUAAUGGUUCAUAUCUUUGUGAAUGUCAAACUGGAUAUGAAGGAAAUGGAACAAACUGCACAGAUAUCGAUGAAUGUUUGAAAGGUCGAUGCGGUUUCAACGCAAACUGCAAAAACACUGAUGGAUCGUUCUUUUGUGAAUGUCAAAUCGGAUAUGAAGGAAAUGGAACAAACUGUAAAACUAAAAUAUCAUCUAAUCAGCCAGUUUCACCAGGCAGUAACAUUGGCACUGGCGUUAUUGUUGGAAUAGUAGUUGCAGCGGUGGUUGUUUUGGUUGCAGGCGUGUUCAUUGUUGUUUGUUGUUUCCAUCGAAGAAAACCACAGGUGGAAAAAACUGAAGACAUCCAUAACAUUAAGAAUGUCGCCUACGAGCCUGACACGGAAGCGGGUAACAAUCCAGACUCGAGCUCUCAAUUCGAAGAACCGAAAUAUGCAGAGCUAAACCUUUCUAAAAUGGACCCAAUUGAUGCAAACUAUCAAAGUUUGAUUGCUAAAGGUCGAUAUGCGGCAGACCAUGAAACAGUCGCGAAUCCUAAUCCGAAAUUUGAAGAACCGGGAUAUACAGAACUUGACAAUUCGAAAAGAGAUCGUAUUGGUGAGGAUUAUCAAAGUUUAGUUACUGAAGGUUAUGAGCCUCUUCACAAGAGUCCUUAUGAAGACGUCAAAGCGUAUGCUUCAUUGAACCAGAAUAGCAAUCCAGGAAAUGAAGCUUCCAAUGAUUCCGUGUACGAAGAAUUACCCUGAUGUAUAUGA